ACCGCUCCAAUGGCUCAACCCAAUCAACCUACACCGCAAUUUCAGAUGGCACAAAUACCGUUGGCGGCAUUUUUUGACAACAACGAGAGCAAAACCAUGUUGAACUCGAUGAAUCUUCGAUUGAAUGAUAUGGACCUGAAGUUAAGCUUAAUCCUAGAGCUACUUGCCACCCGACUUCCAGAUCAAAGAUUACCCUCAAUUUUCACAUCACCACCACAAACGGUCAUUUCGGAGGCACCACCUCAGUCGUUCACACCAAGUGCCACAAAUUCAACAUCGGACAAGACCAGCAGCUCAUUGAAGACCGAACUCAAAACCGAGGAUUCUGAUGGCGACUUAGAUAUGGAGGGAGAGGAAGACACCGAAGAACUGUUCGAUAAUGAAAGUCAGCCAAGCCAGAGAAAUCAAUCGCCGAAGGAAACCGAGGUAGAGGAUGAAAAGGUCUUAGCCGAUGGACCAUUUCCAGAAGGAGCAGUGAAAAGAGCCGCCGAGAAAGCAGCCAGAAGCUUCCAGAGCACUCAGCCAAAGGUCUUCGCGUGGCAAAUACUUCGUGAAUCCGUCACUGAUGAUGAACUCCGAAAUGUACAAAUCUCGUUGCGCACCUUCCACGGGGAAACCGCCGAUCAUUUGUUAGGCCGUCAAUUGCCAAAGAUCCGUCUCGUUGUUGAAGCAACCAUGAAAUACUUCAAGUGGGAUCUCCUGUCCACCGAAAGCCAGCUGAGUAAAGCAAAGCUUAUUCUAAGUCAUUUGAAGAAUAAUGCAAAGGUUCGCAACUGGACGCUUCGCGAGGGACGGCCUAACAGAGUCGCGCCGGCCACCCCACCAGUGAACGUUGAUCUAGUUUGGAAGAGAUACUUGGCUCUUCUUGGACCAGCCGGCUUUACCGGAAUACUUCCAAAUCUACCACAAAAUUUGUGCAAUGGAGGAACACAGAGCCCGUCAAUUCCGCAAAUAGACCCAAGUCUAUUCAAGGUUGAUGCCUAAAAUCCUCGCCUAGCAUUAUCUCUUCACUUUUUUUGUCAAUUUCGUUAUACUCAUUAGUUUGGACAAUAUUUCAUGACUUUUAUGCCAUUUUCACGUUACUUGAGCAUAACAUUGUCCACAUCUUCUUCCAAUUCCAUUUCAAAACCACACCUACCUUAGGUUGUUUCCUGUUUGCCUGUACAUAGAACUUUAAAUUAUAGACAGAUUCUCGUCGCUUUCCUCAAAUCUUUCAAAUCUCUUCUGCUUGAUUCCUAUUUUUGUGAUUGCUUUCAGAUCUUUACCAAUCUUCAGCCAAAAUUCAAAAAUUCCAAUUUUUGAAAAUCGAACACUUCCAUCGGAGCUCUCACCCCAUUUUGUCCUUCAACCAAAACUUUUAUUAUGAUCUUAAAAUUGAAGUCGCUUGGAAACAUUUUCAAAAAUUAUCAAAGUUUUAAUUUCCACAUUUUGGAACACAUAUUAUAAAAAAUGUUUCCCGUUUAAAUUACUUCAUUUUUAAUAUCAAUACUCUUUCACGAAUUAUCUGUUUCUCUUCGUUACUUUCUAAAAGUCCCGGUCCCUACAAAAAAAAACUUCCUCACUUCAAACAAAAAUCGAUUCGACAACCACAAUCCCCCACUCUCACAAAUUCUCAUACUUUCCGUUAGUUUUUCCUACCUCGAAAAUAUUUGAAAAUCUUUGGACGUCGCACACAAUUUCUGACCACAGAAUCUCAAAUAUCUUUUUCUAUUCUUUCCUGACUGAUUCGAAUAUGUUUUAUGCUAUGUCACAAACCCUUGGUCCUAUUUCUUUGUCAUUUUCGAAAAAAAAAACAUAAAGUUUUCAAUAUUUGAA